AAGCUGCUCCAACCACAGUGGGCCAGUACUGACUAAUCUCCAGUGACGGAAGGGGGAGAAAAAAAGCAAACCUUGGGCUGUUUAGUCGGCUGCUCUGACCAGAAACUUUACAACAAAUACAAACUUUGAUAACCGGCUCGUAAUUAAUUUUCAGAGACGGGUGCGUAAUCGUAUUCCAGUUUCCGUGAUGGAUAUAAAGCGCACGGCGGCUCUAAAUGGGGUUAUGAGAACCACAAGAAGGAUAUGGGAGCAUUUGCACUAAGAUGCCGGUAUCUGCGCUGCGCACUGAGCUGAUUGGGAAUUUCAGUGGAAGCAGGCUAUUAGUGGGAAAAACGCUUCCUGUAACAUCGCAGCAUCGCACAGAUAAACGAAGUAACGGAGAGGAGGGGGGGUUGCGCAGAAAAACUUGACUUCGAGUGAUGGUCAGUCAACUCCUGUGGACUUUCCGCUUCUCGGGUACCAAUAAUGCGUCUUAUUAUUACCAUCACCGACGCCGCUGCUGCCACCGUUGCUGCUGCUGCUUCCUCGUAGCCCACAAGGGACAGGUCACGGCGUCGGCGAGACAGAAUAAAAAGUGAGCUUCAGCUCAGGGCGACUGAGCUGCUGUUGCUACUCCGGCUGAGGACGCACACGGGACUUGGAUCCUUUCUGCUCGGCUGUGCGCGCUCUGCUCGGAGCUGACGACGAACCACGGAUGCGAACACUCAUAUGCCUUCAGCAGACAGAGGAGCACACUCUAAGGGGACAUAUUCCGGACUGGAGAGAAUCAGGACCACGCACCAAGAAGUUGCGCGCAGUUUACAUUUCCACUCUUGCUGGACGUAAUAGCGCCUUUUGUUGAAGGUUUAUUAAAGGUGUCCGGGGAAGGAGUUCACCUCUUUUAUUGUUGUUCUCACGCUAUGACCGGACUGCGCAGGCACUUCAUUAUGGGACUGGUGCUACUGAUGUGCACGCUGACCGACCACUGCGGCGAGAGCGCGCCCUCGUCGGCCCCAGCGGAGGGCGGCGGGGACGCGCAGCUGGACUUGAGGCGGAUGGUGGAGAUCGUGAAGCACGUGGAGCAGAGCAGGGGGAGGCACGGGGCGAGAACAGAAGCCCCGGUAACGAUACGGGCGAGAAGCUCUCCGAUGGAGCAGAGGGAUUUUCGCAACUUGAGGAGCGACAGAGGGAAUCCGGCUGUAGUUGUAUUCCCCAGAGAUCUACGAAAGAAGGAGAAAUUCCUAAAACAUUUAACAGGUCCACUUUACUUCCCCGCCAAGUGCAGGAAGAAUGUGUACAGGGUUUACCACCACACCAGAGACUGCACCAUACCUGCAUACUUCAAAAGAUGUGCGCGACUUCUGAUUCGGCUAGCUGGCAGCCCACAGUGCACAGAGGGGUAGCGCACACAAGGUUGAAGCCAAACAUGAGUACUCCAGAAGAAAAAAUCUUGGGAAAAAAGUGCCUUGGACAGUACGAGGGAAAGCCUGAAUGUGACCUGCCCCGACUGAUAUUAGGUACAACAUUGUCCUUCACUGAGGUUUCUUCUGCUUCAACGUGGAUCGCUGACACCCACCUCCCUGGCUGGGCCUCGAUGGUUAGCUGUCAUCGCAAGGGAGCGCAACCAGACCAGGAUAAAGAUGGUGAAACUGAAGAGAGGAGACGGAAAAAGAAACGAACGGCUGAGAGAAUAAACCAACCUGGGGCCUUUUUGUUGUUGUUGUUCCUGCUGGAAUCCAAAAAGAUACUAAAAAAAAGGGGGGACUUCCUAUAUUUAUAUUAAAACCCAAAUAUAACAUAUCUAGAACAACUUGCCUUCUGCGAUGGCUUCACUGCACUGCCUAGAAUGUGGGCCGAAAGAAAGAAGACCUCAGACCUCCAGCCGGCAGUCGCUGCGUAGUUUCACCCACUUGUGCUCACACUGAGAAAGAACUGUUAAAUUAUUAAUUGCAUGAACUUUUUUUUUUUUUUUUUUGUAAGUCACAGCCCUCCUGUGGAUCUUAGCAGAGUGUGGUAGAGCCUAUAUUUAUGUAUUUGAGAUGUCACAAGGUUCCACUGUACAUAAUGUAGGCCAUGACCCUUUAAACCAGGAGUAACAUGUACAUACUGUAAAGCAAAAGACAAGCAGAAUCCACCUAUCUACCAUAAAUUAAUAUGACUGGCAUUUACCAAAUGAGUGUUAAAUAUAUAUGUGUAUAUAUAUAAAUAUGUGUGUGUGUGUGUGUGU